AUGAACCAACGCAUCCCUCUUGGUGAUCAAAUGUUCCUAGAUGAUCAUAGUCGAGCCCUGCACCAGCAAAUUGAAUCCAACGACGGCAGAAACGAAAUUUGCUUGAUUCAUAAACUGAACUACGACAUUCUUUGGGCAAUAUUCGCGCUUAACGCUGACAUGGCGAACGAUAUUCAGGAAGACAUCAAGAUAUCUUUGUCCAAGUGGCGACCUCGUGCAAUCAUAACGACUACUUUUGCGACUUCUCGUGUCUGUCGUCCGUGGAGGUCCUUGGUCCUCGAAACGCCAAUUCUAUGGGGACAAUUAGUGGAUCUCGAGUAUCUCAGUAGCAUCACCCAUGAAGGCAGAGAAGAAAUCAUCAAGCGAACGAAGGACUCCUUCCUUUCCGUGAAGGGGGAGAUCUAUAAGGGCGCCUCACUCGAAUUUCUAAUCAAAUUCAUACUCGAAGACUGGCAGUGGGUUCAACAUUUCGAUGUCAGAAUUUCGUCUAAAUACUGCUCAGCCCUCAAAGACUGGAGCCUUUGCUUUACACAAUCGCCCGUCCUCAGGCCGUUCAGCUUCAGCGGCUUCUCCAUAGGUCGAAGAGAUACCAGGACCCUGUCUAUGCAGCACCACUUCGGGGCCGUUGCUCCUCAAUUACGGAGAUUUUCCCUCGCACACCCUGAUUUCAUGAUCGAUCUUUCUGCACUGUGGCUUUCACAGCUUCGCCACUUAAAGGUGCUGUACUGUGAGCAUCCACUUUCAUCCUGGCUGGAUGCACUGAGCACCAUGCACCUCCUCGAAUCCCUUCAAAUGAUCGACGCCAUUCUCUUUCCCCCAGAGAUAGAGAUGACAUCCGGACUAUCUGUGGCACGCCUGCCAUCCCUUCGAGAGAUACACGUCUUUUCCCGCGGCCUAGUGCAGAUUUGCGCUUUCUUUGAUCACAUUAUGCCCGCACCGGGCUGUUGCCUGCAGAUGCAGAUAUCUGUCAUGCCUGAAGGACCCUCUCCCACGUCUGAGCAGCUUACAUUUAUUAACCGUGUUUUGUCUAGAUUUUUAGAAUCAUGGAUCAACACCACCACCCAUGUUGGCCCCUUGGAACUCUCGAGCUUCGAGAGUAAUCUCUAUAUAUCUGCAUCGUCCAGUGAUUCGCGCACACUUUUCAUCAAUAUUAACGGCGUGCCCUCCAUCAUCGCUGCCCUUGAGGCAUUUUCAAGAUGCAAGUUCAGCGACAUCACUUCUCUAUCUUUUUACAGCGAAGUAAAUCCAGCCAAUCAGCACCUCGCCUCGUUCCUCCUCCGACUUACCAAGGUCACGGUCCUGGAAGUUCCGUACCCCUCCUUUGAAGGCCUUACACCAGAAAACCCGGAUAUGUCAGCUAGCCACGUCCCAUUCCCUGACCUCUCUCGUGUCGUUUUAACCAGCCUAGCUCGGCAAGAAUCGCAGCAAUGGCGCGACAUGUGUGUGCGCUUCUUCCGGUGGAGGCACAGCAUGGGAUGUCCUAUCGAGAUUUUUGACCUCACAGAAGCUGCAGAUCGCCUGAAGCUCCUGAAUUUUGCAGCUCUAGACGCAAUUUCGGGAUUGCAAAUCAAAUGGACGGACAACAGUGGAAAUAUCAAAACGUAUCUCUGUGGUUCAGGUAAUGUCAACGCCCUGGAACAUUGGGAUGAAAUCGGAGCCAUGGCGGAUGAGCAAUGA